GAUUUUCUAUAGGAUCAUAACAUGCAUAUAUUAUAGAGCUUCACUGUGGGCAACAGAAUAAUAAAUAAAGACACCCUAACAUCACUGCAGAGAACAAAAUGGCGGCCGAAUCAAAAGUUUCGUUCCGUUCGACUCUCACUGGACGAUGGUGACCGGCGGUGGCGACGACGACAGCGAGACUCGCGUUGCAAGAUGCUGUCCCGAUAAUGCGAGCGUCCACCGAGUGCGACCAAUAUUGUAUAAUGCGCGUGAAAUAACGAAUCGUUUCAAUUGACGGCGGCCAGGCUAGGAAAAGAGUGCACCUCUCGCCUGUAAAUAUACCCAGAGCGGCCAUAUUCGAGUCCGAAUUUACUCCUACGAGUUUGAAUUCCGUAACGGUCGCGCGAGUAUCCGAGUAAAUAUCACAUCUCCUACUUUGCAUUACAAGUCCCGCAAAAGCGAAAGUGUGCGAGCGAUAUCACUCGACGAGUUGUACCGCAAGUUUUUCCGCAUAUGACAAUUAUCCCCGCCCGGACGACGACGUACACUUGGUGCGAGUAAUCCAGAUUUGGUCUUGUCACUCGUCAACUCCGCCUUCUACGUAUUCAUUACAUGCCGCUAAUUGAAAUCUGCUAUUUACAUAAAUGUUGCGCUGAUGACAGAUCCACCUGAUCUUAAUCGAUAUUUGCUAUUGCACAAUUAUUCCCGCAAUUGAAUCACGAUGGAGGAUGUAAAUGAGAUUUUGGUAUGCGCAACCGAAUUCAUAAAAGAUCGACUAUACUUUGUCACACUGAGAACAACAAUGAAACCAAAAAGUACUCCAAAUACACAUUAUUUCAGUAUUGACAAUGAAUUAGUGUAUGAAAAUUUUUAUGCCGACUUUGGCCCUCUCAAUUUGGCUAUGUUAUAUAGAUACUGUCAAAAAGUCAAUAAAAAAUUAAAAGGAAUUGCACUGAGCAAAAAGAAACUUGUGCAUUAUACAACAAUGGAGUCAGAAAAAAGAGUGAAUGCUGCAUUUCUCGUAGGAAGUUAUGCGAUAUUAUACUGCAAACGUACAGCGCAAGAAGUUUAUGAAUGUUUGACUAAAAGUCCAAAUAAUCCUUCAUUCAUUAUGUUUCGUGAUGCCUCCAUCGGACCACCAUGUUAUCAGAUAUCAUUAAAGGAUUGUCUAAGUGCUAUAUACAAGUGCCAUCAACUUGGUUUUUUUAAUUUCGAAGAUUUCUGUGUUAAAGAAUACGAACAUUUUGAAAGAGUUGAGAAUGGAGAUUUAAAUUGGAUAGUUCCCGGAAAGUUUAUUGCCUUCUGUGGUCCGCAUGCAAGAUCUAAAAUGGAAGAUGGUUAUCCAUUACAUGGUCCAGAAUCAUAUUUUACUUAUUUCCGCCGUAAUAAUGUAACAACAAUUGUACGGCUUAAUAAAAAGGUUUAUGAUGCAUCGAGCUUCACUGAUGCUGGUUUUAUACAUAAAGAUUUAUUUUUUAUGGAUGGUUCGACGCCAACAGAUUCAAUAAUGCAUCAAUUUCUCAAAAUAGCGGAAAACGCAAAUGGCGCGGUUGCCAUUCAUUGUAAAGCAGGCCUCGGAAGAACAGGUUCUCUCAUAGGGUGCUACAUUAUGAAACAUUAUCAUUUAACUGCUCACGAAACAAUUGCUUGGAUAAGAAUAUGUAGGCCGGGUUCUGUAAUUGGUCACCAGCAACAAUGGCUAGAAAAAAAGGAGUCGUAUCUCCGAUCGUUACUGAAAGAACCACUGCAACUUGAAAACAGAAAUUCAGUUCAUGAGUAUGGAAUAUACUCGAUAGCUGGUAAAGCCAGAGCAACUUCCUUCCAAGGCAAUACGAAGAGUCUGAUGGAAGAUAAUGUAUCAGGAAUAAUGCAUCGUGUAGACGAAAUAAAACUGGAUGAUCCUGGACCAGUAGCUGGAGCUAGUUCAACAAAUAGAUACAGUACACUGACUCAGGGUGAUAAAUUAUGCAGAAUUAAAGCUAGGAGAAGAGGCAUAGCAACAUCUCAAACUUCUCUUAAUACAAGCACAGGAACAUCCACUGUUGGACAUCCAUAUUUGGGAUCUUUAUUACAAACUAGGAGUCAAAAAGGAACUAUUACUACUUUAGUGGCAAAUAAAGAAAGAGAUCCCACUAAAAGACUUUUAUCACGAGCCACUGCAACGACAGUGAAGAGAAACAAUUGGUUGGUCAACAGUAGCUGUGAUCCAUCUUCCUGCCGUAUUAGGUCUAAACCAGCAACACAGAGCCAUAACAUCAACAACAAUACAACUACUAUUAAUCCUGUUACAUCUUUAACUGUAUCAAAGCCAGUGAGAAGAACGAAACGUACCUCCUGCAUGGCUGCACAGGCUCAUACUACAAACUCGUCUGCCAAUCAUACGAUACCACAGCCGCAACAACGCAUGAAUAUGAUUCUCAGGUCGGCAGACCGAGUUACUCGUUAUUCACUCAGACAUGCACGCACAACAAAAAGUUAUAAAAGUGCAUUUAUCAGAUGACUAACCGAUAUUCCCAGUGGCGUUGGGGAGGAUUGUCAGGUAACUGGAGCAUCUCACCAGCGCCGAAGAUCUCAUCGCUUAAACCCCAUCAUUUAGUAAAAAGUACUUCACACUGACCUUCAAUCCGUCUUCAAAUCAAGUGAGUUUUGCCCAGGCUUUUAUAUCAUAGAUUAAUGAAGAUCAAACU